UAUAUAAUAUAAUAACUGUGCGACUUCGGAGGUUUCGCAAACUGUACUGGGUCCGUCGAAUGGUAUCGCCGAUUCAUUGCUGCUUCAACGACAACUUAGCUCUGACUGUCCUCAGACGCCAAAAUGGCAAACGGUAGCCUGAAGAUUCAGAUGCUCCUCCUGGUGAUAUUCGCCGGGGUAGUAGCCUUCGCCGCACCAGUUAAUCAACAAGACAAUGGCUUUCUUGGGAACAUGAACAGAGCCACUGAGAACAAAACCCAGUGUUUUUUCUUUAUUUGUUUAUUUCAUGAAAAUGCUGCUCUUGUUGCCGAUGCACUCGAAAUGAUCCGUCAUGUGAGAUCCAACGCUGACAACGAUAUGCAGCAAGAAGAUCUUCAAGAAAAGAACAUGCACGACCUUCAAAAUCUCAAGAAGCGUCCCAACUGGCUCAUAUUCAGAGAACGGCACCUGAUGGACAAGCCCUCCCUGCGGAUUCCACUUUCCCACGUUGAUUUUUUCCCCCAUCUCCAAGAUGAUGAUCCACAAGCCACAAAAAUUGUUAACAAGUUUUAAGUUGACAACAUAUCUAUUAAGAAAAGUGUUACUGAAACAGUUCAUAUGUCAUUAUUAUUCGCUAUGGAAACUGAACGAAAAAAGCAGUGUAGCCUUUAAUUGAGUAAAGCAAGGACACAAAUGCGAACGACAAUAGGAAAUAGACAAAAUACAACCAGCGUGAAUCAAAUUGGCUACUUUGAGAAAUGUCUACUAGACUUAGGUGGUGGUGAAUUAAUAAUAUUAUUAAGCAUAAUCAAUAAUGUGAACUGUCACUACAAAAUGAGCUACAAAAUCAGAAUUUUCAAAAUUGAGGUAAUUAUUGUUAUUUUCAAUUAAUCAGUAGAAAAAAGAGCUUUCCACUGGUAUACAAAUGGAGCACUUAGGGUAAACGUACAAGUUGACAAUGUGGCAUUAUUCUGGCAGCUUUGUGUCUUUGUUCCCGACAUUGUUUCAAUAUUUCUGACCAGGCAUAAUAAUCAAUAAUGAUAAUCGUCAACAUUGCCGAGAAAAUGACAUUUUUAAAUAUAGGGUCCGGCAAAAUAAUUGCAAAUAAUGCAAAUUUCCUUUCAUUUUGUCAGACGGGUCACAUAUAUUUAUUUUUGUCUCCUUCACGGGAGUGAAUGUUUGGAACUUAAACCUGCAAAACAUUGAAGUGCUGCUGUUGAUGUGAUUUGUUUGUGAGAUUUUGCCGAGUGAAAGUUCAGUCCCUAACUAUUUCAUCCGAAGGCAAAAAAACCUAAAGGGAUUUAGGAAUUUAAUAUGACCUUUUUGGCUUUCAUCAGAAGGAGCCAUGAGGAGCAUGUAUACCUAUUCGCCAGGAAAUGAGUCAGCCUGGUCCCUCUAUUUCAUCAUUUUUCAGACAAAAGGAACACGUAUAUUCAGUUUACGAUAUUUUGAUUGGUUUCGUUUUAGCUUGAUUUAUUAUUCAUAAAUACCUAAGACAGUUUAGCUUUUCCUAUUGGUGGAGAGCCCGUCACGUGGCCGGUCUUAAACGGACGAUAAAAUACCAACCGCAACAAAGUGGCCCCUGAACAGGGACAUUCACGUGACACUACGCAUGCAUAGUGACCGCGCCAAUGCUACACAGCACGGUCCAUUGUCUGCAUUCAGAUCUGCCUCUGCCUGGCAUCGGCAGCCGAAACGUCAUGGCUGGCAACUUGACGCCAAUCUUUGCACAAUCUGUCUUUGCUAACUGCACAUUCAUGAGCAAAGUCGUGGUAAAAUGGCUUUCAACCAUCACAAUUGUCACCAGAAUGCCCUUUCAGAUGACGCUAAGCAAUAAUUUGGCAGCAUUAAUCCUUAAUUUUGUCUAAAAAUGAGCGUCAUGUAGUAGAGCGGAGAAGACACGUUGUCAGAGCUUCUUAUAUGUAAUUUAUAUCGACACGUCGUGCUGCGUAUCAUGCAUAGGCUGUUUACUGUAAUGCUUAGGCUGGAAAAUAUAAUUAAAGACAUUUUGAUUUUAAUCGUUUCAAAACGUUAUAAUUUGAAAUCCCAGUUUUAUUCUUAUCUAUAUUACAUUUUCUUUAUAUUGUUGAGAAAUACAAUGAUCUUGACUCUUGAAAAGAGUUGUAGCUGUGUUUACAUUAAUUACCCAUUGUCCUCUGGAUUUUCAAUGGCAGUGACAACCGUAGUCUGGUAUCCGUUUUCUACUUCCGGUCCUCAGGCCCAAUUAUCGUACACAGCGUAUCCUAUUUGCUCUGAACAAAUAACACGCAGAACAGUGGAAUGUGACAUACGCCACAGACGAAAGGAAAACCUACAGAAAGUCAUCAAUAAUAAUCGCAAAUGAUUGCUUUAAAGUAAUAAUAGAUGAAAUUCCAAGGAAAAUGAAGCUAUUUUAGUGCAAUCGUAUGAGCCCCACGAUCUGGACCGAGAAAGUGCGUAAUUCUCACAGCAACGGAGGCUCUUUUUGUCGGAACUGCACUUGGCUGGUUCACUAACGACUAGGUAAUGCAUGCGUCACAGUCGCAUCGCUGUCAACAAAAUGAACACUCGCACCAACGAGGCUCUUUUCAACUGACGGGGGGUGCUUCUGGUCAAUGCGGAUACCACUUGCCUCUUACUAAAAUUAUUUCGACUCCAGAAAGAAGCGGCUACAUAAACUCAAGAAUAUUUCACAUCAGCUGCCUUGUCAUUUUGCGUGAGUUUCAGGCACCAGACGGCGUAUCCUCUUUCAGUGGGUGUCCGUACAUGCCGAACCCGCCGUAUCCUCCGAAUCUCGCUCGAGACCUGGUCACUUCCACCCCUGCGGUCAAGUGAGCCCU